UUGGAAAACCCAUUUGCUUCCAUUCCGCGUAUGGUCCAGGCCUUGUAUCCGGAACGCUGGGUACCUUACCGAUAUCUUGCACCGCUGGCAUGGGAUAAAUGGGAUGCUGUUGCAGCGAUGCGGAACGCAGCACGUAAUGAUGUGCAAUCUGUCCUGGCCAGAAUUGUACAAAGUGGGGAUAUUUUAGUCAUGUUAAGCGAGAAAGAUGAAGUGGUGCCUAAAGCAAUGGGUGAGGAGAUAUGGGAUGUCAGCGCGUGUGCAAACACGAAUGGGCGAGGGAAGAAGGUUGUCGUGGAGGAAGCGUUGCAUGAGAAUGCAUGGGAGCAGCGCCAAUGGGUUAGGGAGAUGAGGAAGUUUAUCGCGGAGGCUGGUACGUCCUGUGCAGCAUCUUAG